AUGCUGGGAUGUUUGCGGGAAAACGGCAGGUACACAACGACCUCAAAAAACAAGAACGGGAAACGAGAGCGAGUUACCAGCUCCUCCGAGAUCCCCGCAUCGGAAAGUCACGCGGCUGAAUCUGCUCUAAGUGUGUUGGCGGAAGAUGCUUGCAGCGAAUGGGCCAAGGAGGAAGCACUAAAGCGUGAUGGGAAUCAGUGUGUGCUUACUGAACACGGCCAACCAACACUGGAAGUCUCCCAUAUUGUUCCUUUUGAAUUCAAUGGUAGCCCAAGAGAAGCUGAGUGGGCGUGGCUUGAGUACUUUUGGGGCAAGACAAAAGUUUCUGAGUGGCACUCCGCAAUUCUAGGGAAAGGAGAAAGUCUGGAUACUGAAAAGAUCGAGAACUUGUUUUGUCUUGCAGAAUCUAUUCAUAGAUACUGGGACCAUUCAAUUUGUACGUUUCGGCCAAUCUCAAUCAACAACGAGAAAACCUCCAUGCAUAUCGCCUUCCACUGGCUGCCGUUGCGUGAAAAAUUGACAAGUCAGCGCAAUGACUUCCUGCCAAUAGACAAACAUCCCUACCCCGACAAUCCCACGGGGUUCACCGAAACCCCCGGCGAGAAUCUCUUCGUUUUCCACAUGAUCACCAAGCAGGUUGUCCCCUCGGGUUAUAUUUUCCAGAUUAAAACCGAUGACCCCAAGAAGCGACCGCUCCCGUCCUUCGCCCUCCUCGAAAUGCAGUGGCACCUCUCACGCAUCGUCGCCAUGCAGGGAGCCGGAGAAAGUGAUGAAAGUGACGACGACGACAUUGUAACCGUCUCUUCCCGCGCUCCCGCUCCUGCUCCCCCGAAAGGACGACAUCACCAUUCAAGGAAAUCUCCGCCCGCCCCGUUCACACUCCCGCUCGGGUUCUCAAUCCACCGCUAUAAAGCGUAA